AUGCAACAACCAAGUCAUACACAGCCGGCAAUCACAUUUGAUGAUUAUGUGCAUUAUGCUGCCCCCAAAUCCUCCAAUAUCAGAGCCGUAUUUCCACCAGCUGCGGUGACUUUAGGGAGAAACGCUUUUGAUAGAUAUGGAGACCAAAUUUCAGAUUUUGAAAUCAUCUCCUGCAACGGUGAUCGCAUACCAGUAUCAAUGGCCACUUUGAUCGACCGAUGGGGGAAAUACUUUGUAUCAUUGCUUUCGAAGGGGUAUGUUCUGGCGGUUGAGGAUUUUGAAUCUGAAAAGAGUCAGGAACUGAAGUCGAAGGAGACCUUGGGAAAGACUCACGUUGACAUUCCCCGUUUUAGAAUCCCAUUUCAAGAAUCAACGGAAUCAGUGGGUGAUGCAUAUUCAGAUGAUACCAAUCGAAGGUCCAUUUGGUCAAUGUCGACAGAGUCACAACAAUCAAGAAACAAUUCAACCAACGAGAGUCAACGCAAGGAUUCAGUGCCCACUUUUCAACACGAAAGCUUAUUCAUCGAUGAUAUUCCACCACAACUACCACCGCCAACAGAACCAAUUCCAGCAGUGCCAAGUUCCCCAAGAACAUCAUUUAGGCCUGGAAGUUCUCCCAGAGCUUCAUUGUUGAACACAUUGUCAGUUUUGCGUCGUAUUAGUAAUGAUAACGGUGUAGGUAAUGACGGCUAUGAUAUUGGUAGUGGCGACAAUGGUGGUAGUGGCAAUAAUGGCGGUAAUAGCAGUAAUGAUGGUGAUGAUAAUGGUGGCGGUGAUAAUAACACUGGUGAUGAUGAGGAAGAAGACGACGAUUAUCACCCGCUUUUUGGUUUUGAAGAAGAAAGAUUCCCCUUGGAGCCAUCUUUGAUACCGCGUAAGCUAUACAUUCCGUUUUCUACCAACACAGUAAAGGCAUUUUGUGAGUUCUUCUACACAGGUCAAGUGGGGAAUAAAUGGGCAUUAGCGCCAACGUUGUUAGACAAUUUAGUCAUUGCCAAAUUUUACCGUGUGCCAUUGUUGUAUGACUUGAUUUGUGAGGUGUUGCUUGACGUGAUACGAAGAAGAGAGAGUGUGUUGUUGAAGGAACUACCUAACGCAGAGGAAUACGCCCAAGUUGUUGAAUCCAUAGACAACGGCAUCGUUAGUAAGACAUGGUUGAGGCAACUAUGCGAGAGCACUGAGCCUGUGCGUGAGCUGGACGGAGAAACAAUGGCAUAUUUGGAUGUGGAGGACUUGAAUACACCUGCACUCAGAUUCAAGUCAGUAUUUGAUAAGUCUGUGCCGAUGCAAUCAGAGAGCAAGAGUGAAGAGAUGCCUGAUGAGUCUAAAAACAAAAUGAAUACAAUAACUGUUGAAGAAUUGGUAAACCCAGACUCACCAUGCCCCUCUGAUCAAGUGAUUGAGGUGAUUCACGAGGCCGCGACAUUGGUAACUGAAGUGAGGAUUGUUUUAAGAACGAUGAUGUUGUUGAAAUAUACAGAUAAGAAGAGUUGA